CAUAGAUCCAACAGAGAACUAGAAGAACCACUUACUACCCCGCAAGGUUGGACGUCGGUUCCUUAGCAGAAGCAAUAAAUAAGAAAGAAACAAGCACGAUUCGCUGUCUACUUUCGUGAGAGGAUAAACGUGAUACGCAACAUGGUCUUCUCUCAGAACACACACGUAACCUUCACCAACAGCGCCGGAGAUGACGUUGUAGGCGUUGUCAAGGGCUAUUCUGACGGCAAAUACAGCAUUCAAGUUCGCUCGGAGCUCGGGAGCCACGAGACUAUGCAGGUCGAUGAUAGCAAAGUGAAAGAGCUUAAGGUCUCCGAUCCGACCCCGUGUCCGGUAGCUGGUAAGAAGUAGGCCACGACAGGGCAGCGGCACAUUCACGAGGGACGGUAGAAACCUCUGGACGCCUUGUUGUGAAAGAAUGGCUAGCCGACGUGAUAAGAGGCAGCGGAGGAUGACAUGAAAGAUGAGAGAAAUCACAUGGUGUUCUCCAGUACAUUCUUCUAUUGAGACAAAUCAAUCAGCUGCAGCCGUUGCUUCGAAAA